UUUCCUUAUCGAUGAAGUAAAAGGUUAAGGAGAACGCCAGUCCCUCUACUCGUCAUAUUCCCCAGCUCAAAUCUGGGCCAACUCGAUCCGCGUCCACCCAGCACCACCAGCAGGGCAGCCGCUCCUCCGGCCCCAAAAUCAGUCCUCCUCGCACGCAUUAACACACAGCGUUCUCUUUUUCUUUGGAAUCCUCCGCCGCACUCCAAAUCCAAGCUAUUUUUCCUACAGAACUUUUGAUUGCAGAUCUAUAUACUUUACUCACUCCUUUUCCUCUGUCUCGCGCCAACUGAAAUGUACGAUAAUCUUGGACAGCCUGGGGUGCCUAGACAGCCACCUAACUCACAACCAAAUCCAUUUGGGAGUUCCUUCUAUGGUGCAGGAUCUGAUCUUAUCAGAGGGGGAUUGGGAGCUUAUGGGGAGAAAAUCUUAGGAUCAAGUUCUGAGUAUGUUCAAAGCAAUAUUAGUAGAUAUUUUUCUGAUCCUCAAUACUAUUUCCAAGUGAAUGACCAAUAUGUGAGAAACAAAUUGAAGGUUGUUCUUUUCCCCUUCCUUCACAGAGGUCACUGGACAAGAAUCACGGAGCCAGUAGGUGGUAGGCUCUCUUACAAGCCUCCUAUAUAUGACAUUAAUGCUCCAGAUUUGUACAUUCCAUUCAUGGCAUUUGGAACAUAUGUUAUUCUUGCAGGCUUAUCAUUGGGUCUUAAUGGAAAGUUUAGGCCGGAAGCUCUAAAUUGGUUGUUUGCCAAGGGAUUGGUAGGAUGGUUUUUGCAAGUUGCUCUACUGAAAAUGUCAUUGUUUUCGCUGAGUGGCGGGGAGGCUCCUUUACUUGACAUUGUGGCAUAUGCCGGAUAUACAUUCACGGGAUUGUCUCUGGCCGUUGUGGGAAAACUUAUUUGGAGCUAUUCGUACUACGCUCUGAUACCCUGGAUAUCUCUAUGCAUGGGAAUUUUCUUGGUGAAGACAAUGAAGAGAGUUCUUUUCGCAGAGGUGAGGAGUUAUGAUUCAAGCCGGCAUCAUUACCUCCUCCUCUUCAUUGCCAUGGCUCAGUUUCCCCUUCUCAUUUGGCUUGGAAACAUCAGUCUAAAUUGGCUUUUUUAAGCUGUAUCAAGUUGUGCUGUAGUUCGGGACAGCUCAUUAGUAAUGACAGUAUUCCAAGUUUUGUAGUCGUAUUUUAGUUGUUUAAUCUCUUUGGGUGCCUUGCCAGUAUUACCGUAUUGAAUUGUUUCUUUA